AAUUCAGCAUACGGUCACACGGAUCUGCAUUCCAUCGGGCAACAAAACGCAUUCGUCGCUGUCGUUGUAAACUUUUAAUAAAUAUAUAUAUUGUGUAGAGUAGUUUUGUUUUAUCCUAAUAACUAGGCAUGUCGAGUGCAACAAAAUCGACAUCCUCAAACAGUGGAAAUAAUGGAAGUACCACGUCCUCAACUGCAUCGCAAUCGGCAACCGCUGGAUCAGCUGCAUCGGCAGCAGCAGCGUCUAGUAGCUCGUCGGCUAGUGUGCAGGAAUUCAAGAUUCGAGUGCCAAAGAUGCGCAAGAAGCAUCAUGUGAUGCGCUUCAAUGCAACACUUAAUGUGGAUUUCGCCCAGUGGCGUAAUGUAAAGUUGGAGCGUGAGAAUAAUAUGAAAGAGUUUCGUGGCAUCGACGAGGACCAACCGAAAUUUGGUGCUGGCUCCGAAUACAAUCGCGAUCAACGCGAGGAGGCGCGCCGCAAGAAGUUCGGCAUCAUUGCACGCAAAUACCGUCCAGACGCUCAGCCCUGGAUAUUGAAAGUGGGCGGCAAGACUGGCAAAAAGUUCAAGGGCAUUCGCGAGGGAGGCGUUGGCGAGAACGCUGCGUUCUAUGUGUUUACUCAUGCUCCUGACGGUGCCAUCGAGGCGUAUCCAUUGAAUGAAUGGUAUAACUUUCAGCCCAUUCAGCGUUACAAGUCGCUGUCCGCGGAGGAAGCCGAACAAGAGUUUGGGCGCCGUAAGAAGGUUAUGAAUUAUUUCUCUCUCAUGUUGCGCAAACGUUUGCGAGGCGACGAGGAGGAAGAACAAGAUCCGGAAGAGGUUAAACUGCUUAAAGCAGCCACCAAAAAGUCGAAGGAACUGAAGAUUACUGAUAUGGAUGAAUGGAUCGAUUCUGAGGAUGAAUCCGAUUCCGAGGAUGAGGAGGAAAAGAAGAAGAAAGAGCAGGAGGACAGUGAUGAUGGAGGAGCGGGCAAAAAAGGUAAGGGUAAGGGUAAAAAGGGAGCCGACAAAAAGAAGAAGAAACGUGAUGUGGACGAUGAAGCGUUUGAAGAGUCUGAUGACGGUGAUGAGGAAGGCCGUGAAAUGGACUACGACACCAGCUCAAGUGAAGACGAACCGGAUCCAGAGUCCAAGAUGGUCAAAGAUAUGAAAGGUGUGGCCGAGGAGGAUGCCUUACGCAAAUUGCUUACUUCCGACGAGGAAGAGGAUGAGGAGAAGAAAUCAGAUGAGUCCGACAAGGAGGAAGGUGAUGAGAAAAAGAAGAAGGAGAAGAACAAGGAUGAAGCCAGCAAGGAUAAGAAGAAAAAGAAGCACUCCAAGGACGACAAGAAGGCAUCCAAAGCAAACGGCAGUGACAGCUCAACGGAUCUCAGUUCCGAUAGCACUGAUUCUGAAGAUGAUCUCAGCAAUGGGCCGAUUAAAAAGAAACCGAACAAAGACAAGGAGAAAGAGAGCAGCGCUCACAAAGCAAUUGCCAGUGGCAGCCAAACAAAUAAAUCACGCUCGGCAACGCCAACGCUCUCGAAUGAUGCCAACAAACGCAAGAUGAUGAACAGCUUGCCCAGUGAUCUAACUGGCUCCGAUACAAGCAACAGUCCCAACAGCACACCGGCCAAGCGUCCGAAGAGCGAGCUUAGCAACUCGUUGCCAUCUUCCUUUGCUGGUGUUGUUAGCAACAAAGUAGAGGACUACGGUAUUACCGAGGAGGCUGUGCGUCGUUAUCUCAAGCGUAAACCGUUGACUGCAACAGAGCUGCUGACGAAAUUCAAAAAUAAAAAGACUGGUGUCUCGAGCGAUCGUCUGGUUGAGACAAUGACCAAGAUAUUGAAGAAAAUCAAUCCAGUUAAGCACACCAUACAGGGGAAAAUGUAUUUAUGGAUCAAUUCUUCUUAAUAUUAAUUGCCUGCAUAGCUUGUCAUGGGCUUAUAUUAACACAACUUAAUAAAUAUCGCAUUUGUAAUUCA